CUCGGUGUCGGCGGACAUGUGGUGACUGAGUCAGAGUCGGGCGACGACUGUAUUCAGUGUCCAUUCCAUGGCUGGAGGUUUGGCGGAGACGGACAGUGCAAACGCAUACCUAAUCUCAACGAGUCUGAGUUAAAUGCAUUGAAAGCUGUGGUAAAGAAAUGGCAGACAAUAGAGAAGAAUGAAGUGAUAUAUGUUUGGCACCACUCGGAGGAUAAGGACCCCAAUCGCUACCCCCAGGAUUUUCUUGGAAACAACGAUCACAAUCUAUCACUUAAAGGGAUCUUCCUUAAACUUGUGCAUUUUAACUAUUUUAAUAUCAGAUCUUACAAG